AUGCGAAAGUUGGAAUGGGACGGCAAGGGAGUGAAGGUUGAUGGUCUCCAGCUACACCACUUGCGCUUUGCUGAUAACGUCGUACUGAUAACACCUAGCAUCAGCAAUGCGGAGCGAAUGCUGACCGAAUUCGACGAAACAUGUGGAUGCAUCGGUCUUCAGCUGAAUCUGCAAAAGACGAUGUUCAUGCGGAACGGAUGGAUCUCGGAUGCUCAACGGAACGAACAUAUCCGAAUGCACCAGCUACGUUUAUCUGGGUCGGGAAUUGAACAUGAUGAACGACCUGAUCCCGAGCUGGGAAAGAGGAGACGAGGGGGAUUGGGAGCGUAUAAGAGCAUCGAGGAUGUAGUGAAGAAGUCCAGGAACAUUCGGCUCUGUGCUCAUCUUUUCAACACCACCGUACUUCCUGUUUUGACCUAUGCUUCGGAAACCUGGACAUUUCGCAGGCAGGAAGAAAACGCGGUGAGCGUCAUUGAACGCGCAAUUGAGAGAGUGAUGCUAAGAGUAUCCGGCAAGUGA